AGAUGACAUAUCUGAUACCCAAUCUCUAAGAAGCUCUGCGUACGGCUCCCACACAUUAGGACCAGUAUGUGAACACCACUCUGGAUCAAAGAUAUCUAGAGCAACAUCCAGCUUGGAUUGCAUGAGACAGAAGACUCCAAACACCAGUGGCACAUUAAAACCUGAAUCUGAACCCAGCUCUACAUCUACACCAGAGGAACAUACCCUUACUGUUGUGACAAAAUUAACACCUGAAACAUCCACGGAAUUUACAGAAACGUCAUGCAGGCUCCAGUGCUCCCAUGCAGGUCUGUUCCAGUGCAGUUUGACAGGGCUGGUGUUUCUGAUGGAGGGGGAGGGGGAGGUGCUGUACAGAACUGUCCAAUGGGACGAGAGUCUCCUGCACUCCACAGGCCAGACUCCUGCAGGACCCCUGUUCAGUAUUGAGUGUCCUCAGGGGUCUGUCUGUCAGCUACACCUCCCACACUGUGAGAUUCUCUCUGGAGAGGGUCUUGAUUCCCUGUCUGUGGCCCAUGUUACUGGUGACAGUGUGGAGGUUUUACCACCACUGAGGGUGACUGACACGCACGUAGUGGUGAACAUCACAGACCUCUCCUUAUGGGGCCUCGUCAGAAUGUUUCUACCCUUCCUCUCGAUCAAGGGACAGGUGUUGCCUUUCCUCCAAUCAUUCGGUCAUCCUCAGUCAGUUCUGAAUGUGAUCGUCCUGCCAUCGAAUGUGCCCCUCAAUGAGGUGAAGCAGCAACAGACAGGGAACACUUACAUACCGGUCUGUUCGGACUGCACUCUAAGUCGAGGGGAAAACUACAGUCUCUCCUGUGAUCUGAAGAAGAUACAGGACAUCUACCCUAAAGCUAAGCGUGUUCAGAUUUACUGGGGCUAUGGUCCAAACUACCACCCCACCUUUCAGGUGUUCCUGAACCCAGACACGGAACAUGUAGAGCUGAGGCUUCUAGAGAGAGGGGUUGAUGGAGAUGAGGUGUGGGCAGGACGUGUCCUUCUGCCAGGUGCUGUGUUAGUGGGAGGGGAUCAGGCUGAGAACAGUCAGAGUGAUUCGGCAGAGAAGCAACUGCAUUCUGUACGAAAGGACUUUGUGGAUCGUGUGUCAAAGUCAGUUGUUGACGAUCUGCUGGAUGGACUUCUGCAACAAAAAGUUAUUAAUAAGCAUGAAAUGGAGACAGUAAAGGUGAUUCCUGAGAGGGCAGAGAAGGCCCGGGAAGUCAUUGACAUGGUGCUGAGGAAAGGAGCCGUUUCAUGUUUAAUAAUGAAAACCCUUCUGGUUGAACUGGACCCCUUCUUAUGCACAACGCUAGGCUUCAGCUAACACAUUGUUAGAGUAUGAUGCAUUGAUGAGCAUGUCCAUUGACGUCUACAUUCAAUAAUACAAUUGGUAUGUUGUUUGCAUAUUGAGCUUAAUCUAUAUUGCUUAUUUUGGAAUUAGCGUGUUAGGCUGAUCACUUCUAUCAUUCAACAUAACCUCAAUAUAUGAUGUAUUGAGCACUCUUCAAUAAGCCUGACAUGUUUGAUUUCAGGUUAGAGUUUGAAAAGUGUAUAUAGUGUCAAGUUGAAUCAUUAUAAAACCACCCAUGAUUUGCACUUUUCUAUUCUUGUAUUGUCUGUAUUUGUUUUUGUCUU